AUGGACUGCCAACCAUCUGACACUGAUCGUGGUGAGCCGACUUACACCGAACCGCCGCGCGGAGACGACUGUGACAAGUCGCUACCGAAGAACUUCGACAAACCCCUAACGUGCUUCUUCUGGUACCAGACCGGACGAUGCAGUAAGCGCGAUAUCGAUUGCAUCUAUGCACACUACGAUACGGGAUACUAUGCAGCCGGGCCUAUUCACGUGGCGCGUCCAACCGGUACUAUUGCCGUAGCCGGAAGGAAUGCUCGUCAAAUGAGCUCGACCAACGCACCGCUGCAGAUUCUACCUUCGAUUGCAGACCUUCACCUAAAAGCGGCGCGGCUUGCUGCUUGGGAGCAAGAGUUGAUGAGGCGGGAAGCGUCGGUCACGCUGAGGGAGCAGCAGCUGAACUCGACCCUGCAUGGGGGAAGGCCAUCGAGGGCCAGGCGACAGGAGCGUGGGGCGAGAAAUAGGGGAGAGCUCAGGACGGUCGAUCGCAGACGUCGCGAAGGCGCUGCAUAA